AUGCACACAGAGACGCUAACCUCAAUAUUGAUUAAAAAAACAGUGACGGGAGGAUUUUUAAAUCGAUUCUCUCGAAAAGAGAGAGCUAAACGAAAACAACAACAAGAAGAACAACAACACCCACAGCCACAUUUACGAGUCCCACCUGCGUACAAAGCCGAUCUUUACGAUGGCAGUCUCAACGGGCCCCGCUCCGCUCAUCCCCGACCACUCUCAUCUUUUGCUCCGGACUUAAGCCGCCAGACCCACGCUCAUUAUCCGCAACAGCUUCCCCGAGCUUCAUGCGACCAGCCCCCACUUCCGACUUACGAUCCAUCAAAGUACCAACCUAUGCCUAUGCGCCCUAUGUCGAUUCCAAGUUCGGAUUUACUUUACACCAAUCAAUACGCGAGCGGCCAAUCUUCUCAUUUAAGUGCUGUUCAUUAUCAAAAUGCUCGUUCCUCGAUCUAUCAACCCCAUCCCGCACCGAGGACCGAGUACUCCGCACCAAGAUUACCACCAUAUGAGUCGGUGGCGUCUGCAAGACGUCAAUCUACUAUGCCUUUUCCAUCUCGGUCAACUACUUCUGCUCAACAGCGACUAAGGUCUGAGGCUAGAGAAAGGAGUCAUUCUGAACCUAUGCCUGCAGGCCCGGUUGACAGUCAGGGCACACGGGGCCGUCGACAGAAGCCUGUUCUAUCACGAUUGAUUACCAACUUCGGCUAA